AUGGCGGCCACCGUCUCGAACGCUCUUCCAUCUCGCCAUAACUAUCAAACCCUAAUUUUCUCAGAUUCUUCAACUGCAAGAACGAUGAAUCUUCGCCAUAGACGAAAGAGAGGAAACCGUAAAUCCAAAGUAGGGUCGGAGUUUGAAGCAAGUGAUCAUGAAGUUCCCAGUGGACCGAACCCUAUUUCCAACAGGCUUGAUGUCUACAUUCUUGACUAUUUCUUGAAAAGAAAAUUGUAUAAUUCAGCCAAAGCUUUCGUGACUGAAGGAAAAGUUGCUACAGAUCGUGUAGCUAUUGAUACUCCUGAAGGAUUCCUUCUUGAAUGGUGGUCUGUUUUUUGGGACAUCUAUAUUUCAAGGAUAAAUGCGAAGCAUUCUGAACCAGCUGCAGCUUAUAUAGAGACUCAGCUAUAUAAGACAAGGGAGCAACAACAACAGCAGCAGCUUCAGAUGCAGCAUCAGAUGCAGCAGUUGCAACACAUGCAGCAGCGCGGUGGCCAGUUACAGAGAAGGGAUCCGAACCAUCCUCCACUCGGUCCCAUGAACUCUGAAGGAAUGCUGAAAAUGUACGAAGAAAGCAUGAAGCAUCCUCUUUCAAUGGAUUCAGAGAUACCACAGGGCUUUAUGGAGGCUAACAGGAUGGCACUUCUCAAGUCAGCUUCAAGUCAACAAGAGCACUUGAUGCAAAGAAAUCCUGGAGGCAUAUCUGCAGCCAUGCAGCAAAUGCAAGGCAUUACAGGAGAGGGUGCGACCCAGAAAUCUUUGUCUUUGGACGCAUCAUCACUUUAUGGGCAGGCAAUUCUUCAGUCCAAAUCUGGACUUGGUGGGGCAGGGUUGAAUCAAGGAGUCGGUGGACUUCCACUGAAGGGUUGGCCUAUGACAGGGAUCGACCAAUUAGGGACGAGUUCGGGUUUACAGAAGCCCAACUUGCCGACCCAAAACCAAAUUCUUUUAGCUUCACAACAGCAGCAGGCUCUAGCACAAGCUCAGGUACAAGGGAACCUUGGAAAUUCAUCCAACUAUGGAUUUGGAGUACCAUCUUUUAACUUCAAAGCAAAAGAUGGUCAGCCUUUCAAAAAAGGGGUAACUAUAGAUUUGGAAUCUCCGGUGCAAUCAAAUUCACAAAAGAAGACGAAAAUGACCCAAAUGCAACAGUCUUCCUCUCAACAACAGUAUCAGUUGCAGCAGCCACAACAAAUGCAACAGGAUGACUUGGAGAAUUUCGGAGAUGUUGGUGGUCUUGAAGAUAAUGUAGAAUCCUAUUUGUCAAAUGAUGGCGAGGACGGAAAUAUGUAUGGCUCUUUAAAACAGACUCAUGCUGAGCAUAAAACUGAGACUUCUAAAGGUUAUUCAUUUGAAGAAGUUGGUUGUAUAAAAGCAAAAAACAAAGUGACUUGUUGCCAUUUUUCAUCAGAUGGGAAGUUGUUGGCUAGUGCCGGGGAUGACAAAGAGGCUGUUAUUUGGAAUAUGGAUACUCUGCAAACAUAUACCACAAUGAAAGAACAUCAAAACUCAGUUACGGAUGUUCGCUUCCAGCCAAAUUCUACUCAGCUUGCGACAGCUUCAUUUGACAAAUCCGUGAGAAUAUGGGAUGCUGCUCACCCCAGAUAUUGUGUGCAUGCUUACACAGGUCAUACUUCCCAUGUCAUGUCCCUUGACUUCCAUCCUGAGAAGAAUGAUCUUUUCUGUUUCUCUGAUGGUAAAAACGAGAUAAAUUAUUGGAGUAUGAGCCCAUUUUCACACACUCGAAUUUCCAAGCAAGAAGGCAGUGGUCAAGUGAGGUUUGAACCUAGAACUGGACAACUGUUGGCAGCUGCAUCAGACAAGGUGGUUUCCGUAUUUGAUGUUGAAACCGACAAGCCAACACAGUCUUUUCAGGGGCAUUCUGGUGUGGUCAAUGACAUUUGCUGGGAUGUUAAUGGAGACCACUUGGCUUCUGUGAGUGAGGACUGCAUUAAAGUUUGGUCGGUUAAAUCUGGAAAGUGCAUCCGUGAACUCAACUCCGUUGGGAACAAAUUUUACUCUUGUGUUUUUCAUCCAAGUCAUUCUGCUAUCUUGAUCGUAGGAGGAUUGGGGUCUUUGGAUUUCUUGUUCGUGUCGGAGAACAGAAGGUUGACGACAAUCACUGUACACGAGAACAUAGUUGCAGCUUUGGCGCAGUCCCCUGUGACAGGAAUGACUGCCUCUGCUAGCCACGAUAACACCGUCACCUUGUGGAAAUAGUGCAGAAUUUGCUGGUCGGAAAGCUUCAUAUAGAUCUGCAAGUUGUGGAUAUAGUAAGAAAUAUAUCAGUUUAUAUCACCAUCGAUCUUAUGUAUAUAAAAAUCAUCAUCAAUGCAUAUAAUAUGACCACAAAAAUACCAGAUUAGUUUUAAAAUUCUAAUUAGCGUUUUCGUUUUAUACAUAGUUUCUUAGCUGGUACAAUUUGUAAGAAAUAGAAAAUAUCGAUGGGUACAGUGAUUACAAAUUUUGAACAAGUUUUAUGAUAGUAUUCAUUCUGAAUAUCGAUCGAAUCCAAA